AUGACACACGCUCCUGUGCAAUAUUCGAUGCUGUCACAACAGUUCUUCGUCACGGGAACCUCAGAAUGCCGAGCACGAGCGAGGUCCGUUGAUUUUUCAAGCAUAGAGCGAGUUGCCAAAACACAAGACACGGUGCAAAAUGAAUGCUUACGUCCUUUAAAUCAGCAAGCCACAAAGGAGGGCCAGCCUAUAAACUAUUCGAUGUUUUCGACGCGAUUUUUCGUGACGGAGUCUACAGAGAGAUUGGGGCUUCGCCGGUCACAUGCGACAUUCGUUGAUCUCUCAAGCACGCCUCUUGUCUCGGACGAACUGCAGCCUCAAGAUGCAACCAUUUGCGGUAAAACGGAUGACUGCGAAUCAUUUUCAAGCUCGACUUUGACGAAUUCAUCGUCGCAUGAUCCAUCGCGAGCAAUUCGAUUGCAAGGCUGGAUGUACUGGGCCCGUCGUGAGGAUAGUGUCGCACUCGAAGCUGAGAGUUACACAAAAGUGUACGCGGUACUACGUAAUGAAUUUCUACUGCUCUACCGCUAUGACCAGCGUCCGUGCAAGCAGCUUCGGUUGCAACCUUUGGUGCACAUUGCAGUCGCUAGCUCAUGGCGUAGUGUAAGCGGUGUUCUUCACGUGAAAGAUCCAUAUGAUGAAGAGAUGGAGUUACAUUUAUACGGACCGGAGGACUUUGACAUGUGUCGACGGUGGGGCGACGCCCUCGAGCUAGCUUCGGAGAUUACUCAGGCGCAUCUUUUAAGCCUCAAAAACGAAGAAUUGUCACAAGAUAGCAUUUAUCGUGGCACACUACAAAAUUUUCGUUUGAUACGCGACAGAUCCAUCCGAAAAUCUGUCCCACGCUUGACACAAAUGAAGAAAUCCAUGCGAAGGCUUCUCCUGACUCAGAAAUCUAGUCGUAAUAACUCCAUCUGA